CAAACAAAAUGCGACCUGCUAGGCUGCUAUGCGCUGACCUCCAGUUCAGUUCCAGGGCCUUCGUCUCCCCCGCGUGUUCAGGCUCCGUACUCACCCGCCGCCUUCCCAAUGGCGCCCGUCUCCUGCCGCGACCUCCCCCGGCAGCUCCCCAUCCUCCCCCGCCGUGCCACCAUCCACACACCGCUCUCCUUCCAACGCGCCCCAGCCCCUGGCCGACCACUCACCACCACAAGGUCCACAAGCACAAGCACGCUGCGGCUCCGCUCCGCAGCCACGAGAGACGACGCGGUCGCCUCCCUCGUCGGCCAGCUUGAGCACGACGUCGAGCACGCGCAAUACCGUGACGACGUUGAGGAAGAGGAGGAGGAACUGUACGCCCACGACGACGCGCCCGGCGGCGGGCGCCGCGGCGCGGGGAAGCAGCACCAGGACGAGCUGCCCGCGAGGUGGCGCGAGAUCCACGGGAGCGACGACUGGGCGGGGCUCCUCGACCCGAUGGACCAGCUGCUCCGGUCGGAGCUCAUCCGGUACGGCGAGCUCGCGCAGGCUUGCUACGACGCCUUCGACUACGACCCGUCCUCCCGGUACUGCGGCAGCUGCAAGUACUCGCGCCGCGACUUCUUCGAGCGCCUGGGCAUGCCGGGCGCCGCGCGCGGCUACGCUGUGUCCCGCUACCUCUACGCGACGUCCAACUUCCGGUUUCCCAACCUCUUCCCGCAGUCCCGCGCGGGCGCCAGGAUCUGGAGCCAGAGCGCCAACUGGAUCGGGUACGUCGCCGUCUCCACGGACGAGGAGAGCGCGCGGCUUGGCCGGCGCGACGUCGCCAUCGCGUGGCGCGGCACGGUGACCCGCCUCGAGUGGGUGGCCGACCUCAUGGACUUCCUCCGGCCCGUGGCCGACGAGGGCAUCCCGUGCCAGGACCCCGAGGUGAAGGUGUUGUCCGGCUUCGUGGACCUGUACACGGACAAGGACCCCACCUGCCGAUUCUGUAAGUACUCCGCCCGCGAGCAGGUGCUGAUGGAGGUCCGCCGGCUCGUGGGCCGCUACACCGCGCUCGGAGAGGACGUGAGCAUCACCGUGACUGGGCACAGCCUCGGCAGCGCCCUCGCCAUGCUCAGCGCCUACGACAUCGCCGAAUCCAGCGCCAACCUCGCCAACGACAAGACGGCGGCAGUGUGCGUGUACUCGUUCGGGGGGCCGCGGGUGGGGAACGCGGCGUUCAAGAGGCGGUUCGAGGCGGAGCUCGGGGUGAAGGCGCUGCGGGUGGUGAACGUGCACGACAACGUGCCAAGGAUGCCGGGGAUCCUGCUGAACGAGGGGGCGCCGGAAGCGGUGCGUCGGGUGGCGGAGGGUCUGCUGCGGGUGCCCUGGUGCUACCACCACGUCGGCGUGGAGCUCGCGAUCGACCACAAGCGGUCGCCGUUCCUCAAGGACACGCUCGACCCAGCGUGCUACCACAACCUGGAGGCGCACCUGCACCUCCUCGACGGGUACCACGGGCACGGGGAGCGGUUCGUGCUGGCGAGCGGGCGCGACCCGGCGCUGGUAAACAAGGCGUGCGACUUCCUCAAGGACCACCACGGCGUGCCCCCCUGCUGGCGCCAGGACGAGAACAAGGGCAUGGUCCGCGGCCGCGACGGACGAUGGGUCCAGCCCGAUCGCCACGGCUGGCACCUGGACGACGACGACCUCGACGACCACCACCAUGACGGCCGCGGCACCGACGACGCCCGACACCGCCACCACCACCACCACGGACACGACCUGCGAUCUCAUCGGCCAAGCGUGACUCCUAACUAGCCUGUCGCACCGCCGGCCGGGAAACCAUUUGUCCGUGAUGAUGCCGUGCCGUGCCGUGCACAGUGAAGGAGAGCUAGCCGCGGAGGAGCAGAGAGAUGGACAUUAUCGAGCGUGUGGAGCGUGCACUUGUGUUGUGGGAUUGUGUAGAGAAUCCAUCCGUGGACGCGCGACAAAGGAGUGGAACUAGAGUAUCAACUGUGGAUAACUGGAUGCUACUGUCGCUAGAAAAUAAAAUGGUUGCUGGUGUAGUGAUAAACUUUACGACACCGACUGCGUUGGUGCUUGGUAGGGUCCAGAUUCGGAAUCUCCAAGAAGUUCUACAAAGAGGCCUG